UCCCGCCAGCAGCGGCCGCGCGGCGGAGGCAGUGCCCGUGGGCGCUCGGAGUGGCGGAGCGGUCGGGCCUGCAGCCUUCAUCAUGUCGCGACAAAGCACCCUCUACAGCUUCUUCUCCAAGUCCCGGGUGCUCGGGGACAGCAACAAGGCCGAGGCCGAGGCCUCAGGCGAAGACGCCGCCGCCCCCGGAGCCUCCGCCUCCCGCGGCGGGGAUGCGGCCUGGAGCAAGGCUAAAUCCGAGUCCCGGCCCGCGGCCGUGUCCGCCUCGUCUCCGGAGGCGAAGAACCUCAACGGAGAGUCUCGGAGGUCGGCCGCGCCGGCCGCCCCCGCCAGUUCUUGUGACUUUUCACCAGGUGAUUUGGUUUGGGCUAAGAUGGAAGGUUACCCCUGGUGGCCUUGCCUGGUUUAUAAUCAUCCCUUUGAUGGAACAUUCAUCCGGAAGAAAGGGAAAUCAGCCCGUGUUCAUGUGCAGUUUUUUGAUGACAGUCCAACAAGGGGCUGGGUUAACAAAAGGAUGCUAAAGCCAUAUACAGGUUCAAAGUCAAAGGAGGCCCAAAAAGGAGGUCAUUUCUACAGUUCAAAGUCUGAAAUACUCAGAGCAAUGCAACGUGCAGAUGAAGCCUUAAAUAAAGACAAGCUUAAGAGGCUUGAGUUGGCAGUGUGUGAUGAGCCUUCAGAGCCAGAAGAGGAUGAGGAGACAGAGGUGCACGAGGCUUACAUAUCUGAUAAGAGUGAAGAGGAUAAUCAAAGUGAGAAUGAAGAAGUACAGCCUAAGAUGCAGGGGUCUCGACGGAGUAGCCGGCAAGUGAAAAAGCGAAGGGUCAUUUCAGAUUCUGAGAGUGACGUUGGUGGCUCUGAUGUAGAAUUCAAGCCAGAUACUAAGCAAGAAGGAAGCAGUGAUGAAGUGAGCAGUGGAGUUGGAGACAGUGACAGUGAAGGCCUGGGCACCUUUGCCAAAGGUGCUCCAAAGCGCAAGAGAACUGCUGCUCACGGUACACUGAAAAGGAAAAGUUCCAAGAAGGAAACAGCCUCAGCCAAACGAGCAUCUCGAAUUUUGUCAGACACCAAGAGUACCUUGAGUGCUUUCUCCGCCCCUCAAAAUUCUGAAUCUCAAACCCACAUCAGUGGAGGAGGUGAUGACAGUAAUGGGCCCACUAUUUGGUAUCAUGAAACUUUAGAAUGGCUUAAGCCAGAAAAGAGAAGAGAUGAGCACAGGAGACGGCCUGAUCACCCCGAUUUUGAUUCUUCUACCCUGUAUGUGCCUGAAGAUUUUCUUAAUUCUUGUACUCCAGGGAUGAGAAAGUGGUGGCAGAUCAAGUCUCAGAACUUUGACCUUGUCAUCUUUUAUAAGGUGGGGAAGUUUUAUGAACUGUAUCAUAUGGAUGCAGUUACUGGAGUAAAUGAGCUAGGGCUGAUAUUCAUGAAGGGCAACUGGGCCCAUUCUGGUUUUCCAGAAAUUGCAUUUGGCCGAUACUCAGAUUCCUUGGUGCAGAAGGGCUAUAAGGUAGCACGAGUGGAACAGACUGAGACCCCAGAAAUGUUGGAGGCACGGUGCCGGAAGAUGGCACACGUAUCUAAGUUCGACAGAGUGGUGAGGAGGGAGAUUUGUAGGAUCAUUACCAAGGGCACGCAGACCUGUGGUGUGCUGGAUGGUGACCCUUCUGAGAGCUAUAGUAGGUAUCUCCUUAGCCUCAAAGAGAAAGAGGAAGAUUCUUCUGGUCACACUCGUGUAUAUGGUGUGUGCUUCGUUGAUACUUCACUGGGCAAGUUUACCAUAGGCCAGUUUACGGAUGAUCGCCACUGUUCCAGAUUUAGGACUUUAGUGGCACACUAUCCUCCAGUACAAAUUUUGUUUGAGAAGGGAAAUAUCUCAACAGAAACCAAAACUGUCCUGAAGGGUUCACUGUCCUCUUGUCUUCAGGAAGGUCUGAUCCCAGGCUCCCAGUUUUGGGAUGCCACUAAGACUUUGAGAACACUCCUUGAGGGAGGGUAUUUUGCUGGAAGGUUAGAUGAAGACAGUAGUGUGGUGCUGCCCCAGGUGCUCAAAGCUAUGACCUCAGAGUCAGAUUCUGUUGGACUGACACCAGGGGACGAGAGUGAACUGGCUCUCUCUGCUCUAGGUGGUUGUGUUUUCUACCUCAAAAAAUGCCUGAUUGAUCAGGAGCUUCUGUCAAUGGCUAAUUUUGAAGAAUAUUUUCCCUUGGAUUCUGACGUGAUCAGCACAGUAAGACCUGGUACAAUCUUCACUAAAGCUAAUCAGCGAAUGGUGUUAGAUUCAGUGACGUUAAACAACCUGGAGAUUUUCCUGAAUGGGACAACUGGUUCUACGGAAGGGACUCUGCUGGAGAGGCUCGAUACUUGCCAUACCCCCUUUGGCAAGCGGCUCCUCAGACAGUGGCUAUGUGCUCCCCUUUGCAGCCCAUCUGCUGUCAGUGAUCGCUUAGAUGCUGUUGAAGACCUGAUGGCUGUACCUGACAAAAUCACUGAAGUUGCAGAACUCCUAAAGAAGCUCCCAGAUCUUGAGAGGCUGUUGAGUAAGAUUCAUAAUGUUGGGUCUCCCCUAAAGAGUAAGAACCAUCCAGAUAGCAGGGCUAUAAUGUAUGAAGAAACUACAUACAGCAAAAAAAAGAUCAUUGAUUUUCUUUCUGCUCUAGAAGGAUUCAAAGUAAUGUGUAAAAUUAUAGGGCUUAUGGAGGGUGUUGCUGAUGAUUUUAAGUCUAAAACCCUUAAGCAGGUUGUUACUCUACAUAGUAAAAGUCCUGAAGGCCGAUUUCCUGAUCUGACUGCAGAACUGAACCGGUGGGAUACAGCUUUUGACCACGAGAAGGCUCGAAAGACUGGACUCAUUACUCCAAAACCUGGGUUUGAUUCAGAUUACGACCAAGCACUUGCUGACAUUAGAGAGAAUGAACAGAGCUUCCUGGAUUACUUAGAGAAACAGCGUACUCGGAUUGGCUGUAGGUCCAUAGCCUACUGGGGAAUUGGUAGGAACCGUUAUCAGUUGGAGAUUCCAGAGAAUUUUGCUACCCGUAAUCUACCCGAAGAGUAUGAGUUGAAAUCUACUAAAAAAGGCUGCAAACGAUACUGGACCAAAACAAUUGAGAAGAAAUUAUCUAAUCUUAUAAAUGCUGAAGAACGAAGGGAUAUGUCUUUGAAGGACUGCAUGCGGCGGCUGUUCUAUAACUUUGAUAAAAAUCACAAGGACUGGCAAUCUGCUGUGGAGUGCAUUGCAGUGUUGGAUGUUUUACUGUGCCUGACUAACUACAGUCAAGGAGGAGAUGGUCCUAUGUGUCGUCCAGUAAUUCUGUUACCAGGAGAAGAUACACAGCCCUUCUUAGAGCUUAAAGGGUCACGACAUCCCUGCAUUACAAAAACAUUUUUUGGAGAUGAGUUUAUUCCUAAUGACAUUCUAAUAGGCUGUGAGGUGGAAGCAGAGGAAAAUGGUAAAGCCUACUGUGUGCUUGUUACUGGACCUAAUAUGGGGGGCAAAUCUACACUCAUAAGACAGGCUGGUCUAUUAGCUGUAAUGGCCCAGAUGGGUUGUUAUGUACCUGCUGAAAUGUGUAGGCUCACACCAGUUGAUAGAGUGUUUACUAGACUUGGUGCCUCAGAUAGAAUAAUGUCAGGUGAAAGUACAUUUUUUGUUGAGUUGAGUGAAACGGCUAGCAUACUUAGGCAUGCAACAGCACAUUCUUUGGUGCUCGUGGAUGAAUUAGGAAGAGGUACUGCAACUUUUGACGGGACAGCGAUAGCCAGUGCAGUUGUUAAAGAACUUGCUGAAACCAUAAAGUGUCGAACACUCUUCUCUACACACUAUCAUUCAUUAGUAGAAGAUUAUUCUAAAAAUGUUUGUGUGCGCCUAGGACAUAUGGCAUGCAUGGUAGAAAAUGAAUGUGAGGAUCCCAGCCAGGAAACAAUUACCUUCCUCUACAAAUUCAUCAAGGGAGCGUGUCCUAAGAGCUAUGGCUUUAACGCAGCAAGGCUGGCUAACCUUCCCGAGGAGGUUAUUCAAAAGGGACACCGAAAAGCAAGAGAAUUUGAGAAGAUGAACCAGUCAUUACGGAUAUUUAGGGAAGUUUGUCUGGCUAGUGAAAAGUCGACUGUAGACCCUGGAGCUAUCCAUAGGUUGCUGGCUUUGAUUAACGAACUGUAGACUACAUUGAAAACUGAGUUGACUUUUGACAAAGGUGGUAAAUUCAGACAACAUUAUGAUCUAAUAAACUUUAUUUUUUAAAAAUGA